AAAAAAGAAACUUACAUUCUUAUAUCACAACAGAACAAAGGGUGGAAAAAAAUGUAUACAUGUAAGUGUAACUUGGUCCCCAUGCUGUACAGCGGGGAAAAAAAAAACACAAUUGGUUAAUAGUAUAAUAAAAAAAUGCCACAUGAGAUACCAAAAAAACCCAAAAACAAACGAUGGCAUAAUAUAGAAGACUAUAAAAAGUUAAAAGCUAUGCUAAGUUUUCCUCAAAAAGACAUCUGACCAGGUCAACAUUUAGCAUAUUUCGAGCAAUGAAAAUGAAAGCAUUUUUUAAAUACAUUUUUGUGAAGUCCUGGAGAGAAAAGAUUUCUCAACACAGCUCAUCUAGUUUUUGUUUUUGUUUGGCCGCUCCCCUGGCAUUCAUCUGCUUCUUAAAUUCCAAUUCAUUCCACCCUUAUGAGAGAGUUGACAUCUUUCCUUAGCAUGACCUCUAAUGUAAAAAGAUCUGUCAAAACAAGUCCCUUUUUGGAGAGGGAGUUCGUAGUUUACCCCACAAAGAAUUUCCCCAAACACCCUAUAUAAACAAGCCGAUUUUUUUAAGUCAAUGCAUUUUUCACAAGUUGUCGAACUACGCCAAGAUUUUCUCCUACCCCCAUCAAACUAAGGCCUUAAAGGGGAGUAACAUUGCGGAAAAAAAAUCUACAUAAAUAGCCCUAUUCAUUUGUCCGCGAAACCUCACGAGAUGGGCACGAGUCAUAAAUCCAGGCUAAACUGCUCAAGGCUGCGGGAGCAGGGAUCAGAAGGCGGGGCCGACGGGGAACAGCUGGGGCGAGGGCCACAGGCUGCUUCUGUUAAGAGGAUCCCAGCCGGCCCCCUUAAUCACAAUGAAGUUAGCGUCACAUGACCACCUCUGCCUUCCGCCUGAUACUGGGUGGCAUAUUUCCUCGAGGACUAAUUCCGGAGAGUCUCCUUGGCUGCUUUGAGGUCCCCCUGAAAGAGCGUCCGAGAGCUACGGUUCCCACAGGCCCCGGGGAUACUGAGGCCACACCAGGCCCCGGGCAGCGGCCGUUCAACCGCUUCUGAAAGGCCUGGGCGGGGCGUCGCACACCUCCUGGGCGCUGAUUGGUCAUUCAGUGUCCCCGCCUCCUCGGCCCCGGCGUUCUCACUCUCCUUUGACCUCGGUUUCAAGACAUGCGCUGGACAGCGGUUGGCCGCCCCGGCUUCAGCUUCAUCUUGAUUUGCCCAAUGAGGAGCGAGCUUCGCGGGGUCUGUCGGGAAAGGCAUCCAGCCUAUAUAAGCGGCUUGCGGGGCGUACCCUGAUGCCAGGGUAGCCUUAAGGGGUUCGAGAGAGCUCUUGGUUUUGUGGCGUCUUUCGCUCCUAGAGACGACACCUCAGGGACGAUGGCAGAGGGAGAUAAUCGCAGCACCAAUCUGCUGGCUGCAGAGACUGCAAAUCUGGAAGAGCAGCUGCAGGGAUGGGGAGAAGUGAUGCUGAUGGCAGAUAAAGUCCUCCGAUGGGAAAGAGCCUGGUUUCCACCUGCCAUCAUGGGCGUGGUUUCUUUGGUGUUUCUGACUAUCUACUAUCUAGAUCCAUCUGUUCUGUCCGGUGUUUCCUGUUUUGUGAUGUUUUUGUGCUUGGCUGACUACCUGGUUCCCAUUCUAGCACCUAGAAUUUUUGGCUCCAAUAAAUGUUCUUUUUCUAGGACCACUGAGCAACAGCAAAGAUUCCAUGAAAUUUGCAGCAAUCUGGUAAAAACUCGACGCAGAGCUGUGGGCUGGUGGAAACGCCUCUUUACACUAAAGGAAGAAAAGCCUAAAAUGUACUUCAUGACCAUGAUCGUUUCUCUUGCCGCGGUGGCUUGGGUGGGACAGCAAGUCCACAACCUUCUUCUGACCUACCUGAUAGUGACUUUCUUCCUGUUGCUUCCUGGACUAAACCAACACGGCAUCAUUUCGAAGUACAUUGGAAUGGCCAAAAGGGAGAUAAACAAGCUUCUCAAACAAAAAGAGAAGAAAAAUGAAUGAUGCACCUGCUUUAUUCAGUGUGAUUACUGGCGUGAACGCUGUCCCUGGAAACGGUGUUUGUUAUGCUAUCUGAUACUAAAACGUUACAGAAGUAGUUCUUUGCUCGCUCUCCUUGUGCCCUUAGUUAUUAGAAGUUCCUCUAAGGCUUCGUGGCCCCGUGGCCCCGUGUCUCCGUGGCUGCCCCCUCAUCGGCUGCCCUUAUAUGGACAAUUCAUUCGUCUGUACCACUCACUUUUCUUGAUCACUCUCACCCAGGGUUAAAGUCUUUUCCAAUAAGAUAGCGGUGGGCUUCACUCUUUUGUACACCUAACAGUGACUUGGGAUAAUUGCUGGAGUUGAUCUUUGCUUUAGCUCGUAGUGGUCUAUGACAACAGGAAGCUGGUUCUGCUGUCUACUUCCACAGGCUGCUUAAAAAACUCUGUGGCUUCGUGAAUCUAGAGACCAAGUUUACCGCUUCUGAUGAAGAAGAAAGACCAAUUAAGACUCAUUCCUCCUUCUGUUUCAGUACCAUGGGAGAAGAAUCCUCAUGGAGUGACAUGAAACUAAUUCCAUGCCGUAGUAUGGGCUGGUUUCUCCCUUGUGCAGAAUGUAGCCGUUUGUAGGAAGCUCGGAUCCUCCCUCCCGGAUGGGGAAACUGACAGCCUUCGAUAGACCUCUUGUCCCCUUGCUCUGGAACUUAGUACGGCCUUCAAGGCUUUUUGGUAGCAGGCUUCCAAAAGUUGGUGUUUAGGGUUUUAUAUCUGAUUUUCAACUAACUAAAACUGAAGUAUCUAAUAGGUGAAGACUCGCAUGUCUAUAACCUUCACUCCAAGACCAGCCAAUAAAGGAUAGACGUCUGCCUGUGUUUAGUCAAGAUUCAUUUUCAUAGAAAAACUUCUCUUUUUUUCAAGACCAGCAAGCCUCAGGCUUCUUGGGUUACGGUAGUGCUGGCCACUUCGGUCCCCAUAGAUUGGGCGGAGGAGGUGGAGGGACGCUGGCCUCUGACUUUUUCCCUGGAUGUUUCUCUGGAGCAUGCGAGGGCUGUUGGUGAGAGCAGACAGGCUGUGGCCAGAGUCGGCCUCUGGUCUCCAGAGACCAUGUAAUUCUUUUGAAAGCGUCUUAGCCUCAUUCUCCUUCUUAGUACCUAGAAAUCGAAGUAGUUAAAACCUGUAGGAAUGAACCUCUGUGGGCUGAAAAUGUGACACAUUUGGGAACAGUUCUUUCAACUCUGAUGAAGUAGCUGUAAUAUAGUUUGUGAAUUUGUUGCACUGAUGCUGUAAAACCUGGACCCUGUCACAGACGGUCUCUCUGUGUUUUCUCCCCUUCAAUAUUGCUGUGAACAGUGGCACCCAUAUAGCCUGUGUUUGCCUUUUCUUUCUUAAUGUUUUGUAUGAAAACCACAAACUACCUUAACUGACGUGUGUUUUCCUCGUUGUAAAUAAGCUUGUCUUCCUUUCCGGAUUUUUUUGUGUGUAUAUGUGUUUUACUUACGAAUUAACUACUUUUGCAGUUUUAAGCCUGUAUUUUUUCUUCUACUUUGUUUUGUGUAAAAGGGGAAAAAUAAAAAAGCCGGCAUCCCU